AUGGCAAAGUGGUUGGAUGAUGGCACCACCGUAUCUUCUCUGGAGCAUCGAUUUCGACCCAUCAAAGCUGCUGCUAAGAAUGCCACCGCCGAGAAAUUUGGUGAUGGUGUUACAGGUAAGGCUAUAUCCACUCGCUUCGAAAGAAUGCGCAAAGAACCUGCUUGGGCUCUCAACUCACCGCUCGGUACUAAUGAUUCCCUAGGUACGACCCCCAAGAAGGCUCGUGCUCCUCGUUCAGCCAAGAAAUCCACCAAGAAAGCCGCUGCAUCCAGCAAUGAGGAGGGCGAUGAUGACAGUGACAUGGAAAUGGCUACGCCAUCCAAGAAGGGCUCUCCAGUCAAGAAGGAAACAAUCAACAAAGUCAAGGGCGGCCGCGUCGAAAAGAAGCCGGCAACACCCAGCCGAGCUGCAAAGACUAACAUCAAGAGCUAUGAUGAGGAUAUUGGUGCUUAUGAUUUUGGUCGCGCUGCGGAUGGUGAUGAGGAUAUGCUUGGUGGUGGUGGAUUUGGUCAUGGUUAUGGUCACGGAAAUGGAAACGGUCAUGGUCUUGAUCUUCGUCUUGUUCAUGGAAACGGAGGUGAUGGAGUUGAAGAGGAAGAUGUUUUCUACGACGAUGAGUCUUAG